CUCAUGAAAUGUACGUUUGGAGCAAUGGCGCGAGCAUUCGCCGCGACAGUUGGCAGACGCGCCGCGCGAGGCCACACGACUGCGCCUUCCCGCGCGAAUCCACAAAAAAAGAAAUCACGAAUUCCAUUUUUGAAAAUUUAAAAGAAAGUCCUCACCAUAAACAUAAACAGUAAAAUCCUCUUUGGUAAUUUAGCGCGCUGAUGCAAAAAAGUUUUCUAAAAAGUUUGUACACUAAGUUCUAGUGCGUGUAGGUUGAAGUUAGCAUAAAGUUUUCUGUGCAUAAUGCUAGUCUAGAUAAUAAAACUUUUUACAGUAAGUUUUAAAAGCUUUUGUAGAUGUGAAGUUUUGCCUCUCACGUGUGUUAAGUGUUCAAGAAAUAGAACCAGUGCGUAAUUUUAUAAACUUUAUUAUUUCUGGAGGAGCACCUGCUUUUCUUCUGGACCAGCCGGUAAAUCAGCCCAAAUGUCACAAUGCUGAACGAGUUGUUUCUAGCGUCGGGGUCGAACGAGUCGUCUUCAUUCACCACGGAACCCUACUCCAACCACGUCACAUACUAUGGAGACUUCGAGCAUAGCUUCAACAACAGCGGUAAUGAAACUGAGGUAUACCAGUCCUUCAUCCUGCCGUGGUGGCGACAGCUGCUGUGGACGGCUCUGUUCGGCGGCAUGGUGGUGGUGGCCACCGUGGGCAACCUCGUCGUUGUGUGGAUCGUGCUCGCCAACAAGCGGAUGCGGAGCGUCACCAAUUACUUUCUGGUGAAUCUCUCCGUGGCAGACACGAUGGUGUCAACCCUCAACGUGACCUUCAACUAUACCUACAUGCUGUAUUCUGAUUGGCCCUUCGGUCACUUCUACUGCAAGUUCUGUCAGUUUGUGGCCGUGCUCAGCAUUUCUGCUUCCGUGUUCACCCUCAUGGCUAUUAGCAUAGACCGGUACGUAGCAAUAAUAAGCCCGCUGCGGCCGCGGCUCGGCAAGCGCGCGACGCUGGCCAUCGCCGCCGCCAUCUGGGCCGGCAGCUGCGUCAUCAGCAGCCCCAACCUCAUCUACUUCACCACCGCCGACGUGGAGACACUGCCUGACGGGAGCAGCAGGAGAGUCUGCUUCUCGGAAUGGCCUGACGGUAUAACGACUAUGUCUAGACUUGAAUAUAUAUACAACAUAGCGUUCAUGGUGCUCACGUACUUCCUGCCUAUAAUCUCGAUGACGUACACGUACGCGCGCGUGGGCGUGGAGCUGUGGGGCUCGCAGUCAAUCGGCGAGUGCACGCAGCGCCAGCUCGACAACGUCAAGAGCAAACGAAGGGUGGUGAAGAUGAUGAUGGUGGUAGUCGUGAUCUUCGCGGUCUGCUGGCUGCCGUUCCACGUGUACUUCCUGGUGACGUCAUACUACCCGGACGUGGUCAACUACGAGCACAUCCAGGAGAUCUACCUCGGCAUCUACUGGCUGGCCAUGAGCAACUCCAUGUACAACCCCAUUAUAUACUGCUGGAUGAAUUCUAAGUUUCGUCGAGGGUUCAAGCAAUUCUUCUGGUGCUGUGGAGCCUUAGAUAGAGGGGGACUGAGCAGACAUCGAGCCUUUGGGCCCGAACGAUCUGGAAGGUCUCUUUCACCAAGCAGGAAAAACGGUUCGGUCAAGCGUCCGUCAAAAACUACACAAUUAUCAAAUAAAGCACCAGGGACAAUCAGAAUGUCAUUGCACAGCACAUACAACAACACGUUGCUGAGCUCCGCCUGACAGCGCCGAGGGACGACCGAUCCGGUCGGCGAGCGCGCGGCGAAUGAGCCAGUGCAGGUUGAACGCACGUGGAUAUGACGUAGCACCCGCCCCCCGCGCGUCCCGCUCACCCCGCAGGACUUGUAUGCGUGAGCGAAAUAGUGGAUGAAAAACUUUUUACGAACUUUAGCUGAGCUAAUCUUUAAGAUGUUCACUGUGCUAAUUAAUGCUAGCUACCAAAUACGAUUUUAUCAUGUUUUUAUAACUUAUCUCGAUCAAAUCAAUUGAAAAGGUAAAAUUGAAAUUUUACUGGUGACAGUUUAAUGUCUAAUUUGUUUGUAAGGUUAAAAACCUAAAUUUUUUGUUUCAAGAAUUCGUUUGUAUUGUUUAAGUCUGUAAAUAGUUGAAUAUAACCUGUAAAUAUGAAUGUUUUUAGUUAAAUGGACCAAUAAAAUGAUGAGAAAUUACGUAUCAUUAGUUAAGAAACAAUAAUGAUUCAUUAAUGGCUGUACUGUCCUAUUAUGUAAGUACCUACCUAAUUUGUUUUGUGAAAAUACUGAAAAUGCCCAACUAUGAACGAAAAAUAUAAAUAUAGUAGGUAUUAACUUUUUAGCUACCUCACAUUAUUUUUUUCUUUCAUUUAAGUAAGUACUUUAACUUAAAAAUACAUAAAGUAUGUUUAUAAAUUUCUAUUAGUAGGUUCCUACUUAAGUUUGAUAAUUGUGUUUUCAAGAAUCAAAUCACCAAUAUUUUAAAAUUCAUUUUAUUCUAUUGUUUUAAAAAAGAUAACAAGAAAUUUUCAUUUUAUUUUAAGUAUAAUUGGGACACUUCAUCAAAACUAAUGCCUGUGAUAUAGAUACCUACGUCUCAUUACUAGCUACUCACUCUAAUAAUAAAAGCUAAUAAUCUCUAAUAUUAAAAUGAACCAGCUAUAUAUAAAAGCUUUCUUUCAUAAACUUAUUGUAAUUUAAUUUAAUUCUGUGAGUCUCAAAACCCAAUAACGAAGAAUAUUCAGUAUUUUACGUGCCUAUCAUUUCACUGAUAGCACGGAUCUCUGCGCUUUUCGGUACCUAACCAGUAGAGUUAUCACCACCGAACAUUAGAAAUUAACUAUAGAGCUUCCACUAUGUUAUUGUAUUUUUGACGUUUCCUUAUGUCUGGUAAGUAAAGUUGGUUUUCCUCAAAGUCGUCAAAAAUAUGUAUGGGAUUUCGAAUGUCUAAUAUAAUGGACAGAGUAUAAAGAAGCAGGAGCGUUGCUCGCAUGUCAAAUCUGACGAAACUUGUAUGGAUCUGACGGCUGUUUGACAGGCGAGCAACGCUACUUAUGGAUUGUUAAUUGCUUAUAUUCUUGUGUGAUAACUCCACUGGUUAGGGUAGGUACUCCGAUGGUGGUACGAUAGCAGUAAUAAGAUCUUUAAAAUUACUUAACACAGGAAACGUACAAUAUUUUCAUAUAUUUUUUUGUUAAGAUGCCGUCAUGUUCUGUACACUUAUUCAGCUUAGGUAUAAUAAUUAUGUUCUAACCUAAGUACUUAAUUAAAAUUGGAAAACACAAAACAGAAAAAUAAUUGCUAUUCCACAAGUACAUCAGCCUGUAUAAAGUAACUCUAAGGGAUAAAAUUGUAAAUAAAGUUAAAGAGUUACGAAAAUGAUCAUAUUAUUCUAGAUUUUAAGAACCAAAAUGUCUGUAUGUGAAACAUUAAAUAAAAAAUAUAAUGAAGUAAA